CGUUGAGGGAGUGGCUACAAGUAAAGACGCUGGGGGCGUGCGUUCAUGGGCUAUUCACGGAAGAGGCUUACGUCGUUCUACAGGCGUACGCUCCAUUCACAGGAUUGGGUCUUACGUCACCGCGGAGAAGGAGCCGUUCUUAUUAGCCGUAGCUUGCUCCCUCCUUCUCUGUUCCCCAGGUGAGGUCACCAGGUUUAGGAGGAAAAGAAGAAGUGACAGGAAAGAGAUGGCCGGGAACGAGAACGAGCCAUGCGACAGCCUUAUUAUCUGGUUACAGACAUUUAAUACCUCUGCCCCGUGUAAGACCAUCGAGGACCUCACCAGCGGUGUUCCCAUGGCGCAGGUGCUUCACCAGAUAGAUGGCGCCCAUUUCCAUGAGUCCUGGCUGGCUCGUAUUAAAGAAGAUGUUGGAGAGAACCGGAGGAUAAAGAUCAGUAACUUAAAGAAGAUUUUACAAGGAAUUAUGGAUUAUUACCGGGAGGUAUUGAAUCAGCAGAUCUCAGAAUAUCUCCUCCCUGACUGCAGCCGAAUUGCAGAGACUUCAGAUCCGACAGAGAUGGGGCGCCUUCUGCAGCUUAUAUUGGGAUGUGCUGUCAACUGUGACAAGAAGCAAGAACACAUCCAGAUCAUAAUGACCCUAGAAGAAUCUGUGCAGCACAUGGUGAUGACCGCAAUCCAGGAGCUGAUGAGUAAAGAUGCAGUGGACUCUCCAACCAUCGAGGCAGCGGGAGAUCUGGAGCAGCAGAUGAAGCGAGCGCUGGAAUUACUCCAGAACGCAGAAGCAGAAAAGGAAGAACUUAGACAAAGAUGCCAAGAGCUGGACCUGCAGGUGGCCGGUCUACAAGAAGAGAGAAAUAGUCUACUGGCGGAAAAUGAGAUUCAGAACGAGAGGUUAAACCAGUUAGACUCAUCCGAGGAGCCCAGCUCUAUGGUGGCCAAGAAAUAUCUGCAAAUACAACUGGAGCAGCUGCAGGAGGAGAACUACAGACUUGAAGCUGCAAAGGAUGACUACCGGGUGCACUGCGAGGAACUGGAGAGGCAGCUUAUCGAGACGCAGAACCGGAACGAUGAGCUGGCAAGCCUGGCCGAGGAGUCCAGAGCCCUGAAGGAUGAAAUUGAUGUUCUUAGAACUACGGCUGAUAAAGCGGCAAAGCUGGAAACUACGCUGGAUUCCUACCGCAAGAAACUGGAGGACCUGAACGACCUGCGGAGACAAGUGAAAUCCCUGGAAGACACAAACCUAAUGUACAUGCACAAUACGGUCAGCCUGGAGGAGGAGCUGAAGAAGGCCAACGCCGCGCGUGCGCAGCUGGAGACGUACAAACGGCAGGUCCAGGAUCUGCACACCAAGCUGUCGAUGGAAAGCAAGCGAGCGGACACCUUGGCCUACGACAUGACGCGACUCAAUGAGAAGCAGGAAGCGCUAGUAAAAGAGAAAGAGAGAAUCAUUGUCCAGCGGGACGCUCUGAAGGAAACCAAUGAGGAGCUGCGAUGUUCCCUGGUGCAGCAGGAUCACCUCAAUCAGUCUGGAGAUUCCAGCUUCAAGGACAACGACAAUCUCGCUGCUGAGCUCCUGCCGGUGGAAUAUCGGGAGAUGUUCAUCCGACUUCAGCACGAGAAUAAGAUGCUGCAGGUUCAGCAGGAAGGAUCGGAGAACGAGCGCAUCGCAGAUCUGCAGGUCCAGCUGGAGGAGAAACAGAGGAAGAUGAGCGAGCUGGAAACGGAGAACCGGCUUAACCUGGGGCGUGUGGAGGAACUGCAGCUUCAGAUUGCGGAUCUCCAGAAAUCCUUACAGAAUCAGGGCAGCGAAGCAGAAGGGGCUGGAUCCAACACAUUGAAAAAGAAAAUCGAAGCACAAAUGGAAAAGUUAAAGGAGGUUCACGAUGCCAUAGAGACCAAGAAAGAACAGCUUGAAGACCUGGAACCCGACGCAGCAGAUCAGAGUGCUCAGCGAGUCGAGGAGCUGGAGGCGGCUCUGCGCAAGAAGGACGAAGACAUGAAAGCCAUGGAAGACCGUUACAAGAUUUACCUGGAAAAGGCCAGAAAUGUAAUAAAGACUUUAGAUCCUAAACUGAACCCGGCCUCAGCCGAAAUAAUGUUGCUGAGGAAGCAGAUGACCGAAAAGGACCGGCGGAUCGAGCACCUGGAGGCCGAGUGUCAGCAGGCGAAACUCCGAGAGUACGAGGAGAAGCUUAUAGUGACGGCGUGGUACAACAAGAGUCUCGAGCACCAGAAGUUCGCCAUGGAGUCUCGUUUAUCCGGACGCAAGGAUUCUGGGGCCGGUUCCUCAGGGAGAUCUUUCCUGUCACAGCAGCGUCAUGUGACCAACUCGCGGAGGAACGUGGCGGUGACCGUACAUUCCGCUUCUCCUAAUUAAAGCGCAUACGAUGACGCAAACACUGAAGUGCACUUAAGUAUUUAAAUCGAACGCAACGAAAGAAAAGGCGAUGCAGGUCAUCAGCUUGUGUCUCCCCCUAGUGGACAGUCGGUCUUCAAGUUCUCUAGAUGCAACUCACUGACUAAAUUAAUGUUUGUUUGUUUUGUUUUUUUGUUUUACAAAGAAUUUCUUCUAUUUAUGUCUUAUUAUGUAUAUAAGGAUAGAAACUGGAUUUUAGUGAACGACUUUUACGUUAUAUCUGCGAGGUGCACGGGGCCCCCACCUAGUAGUCACCUGACAAUGAUUGUAUAUUCCUGAGCAUCAUGUGACCCCACAGCAUGACUGAGAUGACUGUGAUCAGGAUCAGCGACACAUCCGGGGGAUACAGAGGACCCCACAUCCGGGGCAUACCAGUAUUAACCACGAUUUGGUGCCGGUGUUUUAUUGCCAUUGUUUUACAUUUUAAUUGUUAAAGGAUCCGUCCACCUCUGAUCAUCAGAAUAGAAGAUGUAUACAGCAUAUAAUCUACAGGAAUAGGGCCACUGUAUAUAUGUUCUGUACUGAUCCUGAGAUACAUUCUGUACAUAACUCAGGAUCAGUACAGGAUAAGUAAUGUAAUGUAUGUACACAGUGACCUCACCAGCAGAAUAGUGAGUACAGCUCUGGAUGUAUAAUACAGGAUAUAACUCAGGAUCAGUGCAGGAUAAGUAAUGUAAUGUAUGUACACAGUGACCUCACCAGCAGAAUAGUGAGUACAGCUCUGGAG